AUGGUUACUGUGGAGGAAGUUCGCAAGGCUCAACGUGCUCAAGGCACUGCCACCAUCCUGGCAAUUGGAACGGCAAAUCCUCCAGUUAUUCAUGAGCACAGCACAUAUCCAGAUCGUUACUUUCGUAUGACCAAUUCUGAGCACUUGAAAUCAGUCAAAAACAAAAUGCAGCGCAUGUGUGAUAAAACCACAAUAAAAAAACGGCAUUCGUACACAACAGAAGAAGUUUUGAAAGAAAACCCAAACAUUGCUACAUACAAGGCACCGUCAUUGGAUACUAGACAAGAUAUGGCAGCAACAUUGAUACCAGAACUAGGGAAGCAAGCAGCAAUCAAGGCCAUUGAGGAAUGGGGGCAACCCAAAUCAAAAAUCACUCACUUAAUCUGUUGUAGCACUAUGGGACCAUAUAUGCCUGGGUAUGACUAUCAAAUUGUUCAGCUCUUAGGCCUUGAUUUAUCUAUUAAACGAGUUAUGUUAUACCAACAAGGUUGUAAUGGUGGUGGGACUAUACUUCGUAUAGCUAAGGACUUAGCUGAGAACACUAAAGAUGCACGUGUCCUCAUUGUUUGUGUUGAAGUAACUAUUGUUGGCUUCCAUUGUCCUACUGAAACUGAUUUCGAUGUUCUUGUGAGUCAUUCUUUGUUCGGAGAUGGCGCAGCAUCACUUAUAGUUGGUGCAGAUCCAAUUCCUAAUCUCGAAAAACCUAUAUUUGAAUUGGUUUCUGCAGCCCCAACAUUAGUGCCUAAUUGCCCUGGGGCUAUUUGUGGGAGUAUUCGUGAGCAUGGGCUUACCAUUCACAUUGGAAAGGAAGUUCCUGACCUUAUUGCAAAUCAUAUCGAGGAGAGGUUGAAUAAGGUAUUCCAACCUUUAGGUAUUUCUGAUUGGAACUCAAUCUUUUGGGCAACACAUCCUGGUGGGCCUGCAAUUUUAGACCAAAUAGAGGCAAAGUUGGGUCUUGAACCGGAGAAGCUACGUGCUACUAGGCAUGUGCUUGCAGAGUAUGGUAACAUGUCCAGUGUGACUGUGCUAUUUGUUUUGGAUGAAAUGAGAAAGAACUCAAUUGAAAAUGGGUCAAAGACUACAGGAGAGGGAUUGGAAUGGGGAGUGCUUUUUGGGUUUGGUCCUGGGCUUACUAUUGAGACUUUGGUCCUCCAUAGUAUUAAUGUUGCUUAA